AUGCAACAAGGGCUUUUUGGCUACGACCAUUCCCAAUUAAUUGCUGUCGAAAUGGAGCUUAAAAAAAUUUCCUUAAAAGAAAACUCCAAAGACCGUGAAGAAAUAGAAGCCGUAAAAAACCAAAUGCUAUUAGAAAGGCUUGAAGCAGCCGAAAAUCAAAGCGCAAAUAAAGAAAUCACCUAUGAUGACUGAAAACGGAAAAAAGAUGCAGAAGACCGACUUAAGAAAAGACUUAUCUCAGAAGCCCUCAGCAUAGAAAAAGAACAACAAAUCAGAGAAAUCAAUGAUAAAAUCUCACUAGAAGCUGAAAAAUCCAAAGUUUACAGAGACUGGGCAAGAGCGAAGCGAAAAGAAGAAAAACAGAAAAAAAGAGAAAAAAAAUUACAGGAAAAAGCAAUUGAAAAUGAUAAAAACAAAAAAAGAGAGGAAGCCAGUGCCCAUUACAAAGAAUGGCUACGAGAAAAUUUAAUAAAACUAAAAGAGCAGAAAAAAAAAGAAAGAAAAGAAAAAAAGGCUAAAGAAGCCAUGGAAAGAGAAAUUGAGAGAAAAAAAGAAGAGGACAGGAUUAGGGCAGAACUGGCUUAUCAAGAAUGGCUGAUAAACAAGCUGAAUAAAGCAGACUCGAGCACCCACGAAAUGUACUCAGAGCCGAAAAUAAAAAAACCUAUCAUGCUCGCUUAUUCCCCAAAUAAAAAGAAAAUCCCAGCCAUUCAGCACAGCUACGAAGGCUACAGCCAAAGCAUAAGCGAGCAAGACGUAGAGUAUUCCCAGUAUACCGACGAAGAGGAAGAAGAAAGUUCUCCAGUAAUUUCUUCACAAAAACCUCCAAGACAUGGCAACCUCCAGCCAGGGCGAAACGUGCACAGAGUUGAUGACAACCAUACUUUUGAAGAUUUGUCGUCAAUUCGACGAUCUCCUCACGUAGUAGAUACAUACCAAAACGAGCCUGAAGAAAGCGAGUCAGAAUUCGAAGAAAGCAGCUACGAGGAAGAUGAAAUAGAUAGACCAUAA